AUGUCCAAAGAUAACAACCCGCCACCAUAUGAGGAUGCAGUUGCUCAGCCUAAAGAUGCCAGCCUCCCACAAGUCACACAGCAGAAUGCUCCCCUCCCUCCUCCACCGUCGUACACCCCUGGUCCAGUAUACGGAGGGCCCCAUGUCAGCUGGGGCCAAACAGGGGCCUACCCACCCCCAGGAGUGUGGAUGGGGCCUGGCUUCGGGCCAUCCGGCACGAUACCUACACUGUCUGCAGGAGUGCCAUCCUCCAACUCAGCAGACAUGGAUGAUUUUUUAAGUAACCAGUUUGAGAGCACUUCAGUAAGGCAUGCAUUUAUCAGGAAGGUGUACCUAAUAUUGGCAGCACAACUUAUCAUCACAUUUUCAGUUGUAGCUGUUUUUACCUUUGUUGAGCCUGUGAAGAUGUUUGUUAUAAACUACCCUGGGGUCUAUUAUGCUUCUUUAGUGAUCUAUUUUGCUGUUUAUUGCAUAUUAGUUUGCUGCAAAGAACCAAGGCGGCGAUUUCCAUGGAACUUUGUACUAUUGGGAGUAUUUACAGUUGCAUUGUCUUACUUGGCUGGGAGCAUUGCAAGCUAUUAUGAGACCAAAGCAGUGUUCAUCGCCAUGAUAAUAACAGCCAUUGUUUGUGUGGCAGUGACAAUCUUCUGCUUCCAAACCAAGGUGGACUUCACCUCCUGCGGCGGGCUCCUCUGUAUCUCAGCUGUUCUGCUCACCAUCAUUGGGAUUGUUACCGCCGUAGUCCUGACUUUUCAAUAUGUCCCUUGGCUGCACAUGGUGUAUGCUGCAAUUGGAGCCAUUGUUUACACACUGUUUUUAGUGUACAACACACAGCUUUUGAUUGGGAACCGAGAGCUAGCUAUAAGCCCAGAGGAAUACGUCUACGGAGCACUGUCCCUUUACAUCGACGUGGUCAACAUUUUCCUCUUCAUCCUUCAAGUCAGUGGGGCUGCAACCGACUGAUUCCUGUACACUUAACUUGGACUUUUACUCCUGAGUUAUAUUGUUGAGGUGUACACAUUAGCAUGAAUAACUAGCUAAUUGCGUGUAUCAAAUAUUAGAGAACACUAGAGAGCACUUUGGUGAAUCAACACUAUGAAAGAAGAUAGACAAAAACAUUUUGAAAGACUGUAUAAAUAUUUGGCAU